AUGUCAUCCGCCAACGCAUCUGGAGGCAAACAAGCCAGCGGAAAGCCUCAAGGUGUCUCACACAAUGUAGGAGGCAACACGGACAUCAAUGCCGAAUCGGGUGGAACGAAAUCUGUCAAGGGUUCUGACCCGGCAGCUAAACAAGCGCAUACCACCACGACUUCUGAAAAGCAUUGGGGGACGACGCAAAAGUAUCAGACAGAGGAAGAAGCGUACUCUGAUCAGUAUGGCAGAGCUGGAGGCAAGGGAGGGCAGAAUGACAAGAACAACAAGGAAGAGCCAGACCCGACAAAACUUGUUGAUGCUUGA